GAGUGAGGCAGCAGGUGGCGCCAAGCUCUGGCCGUGCUGCACACAAUGGAACACAGUAACACAAUGGCGGAGAAGGGAGAGAAGAGGAAGCGGGAUGAUGAAGCCGAUAACAGCGGCCCCGGGAAGAAGGAGACCUCAGCGGAGGGAGAACACCCUCUUCCCGGUUUCCGCCUGAGCGCCGUCCUAAGGGAGUGCGCGCGAGACAAAACCAUUUUUCUUCACGGAAAGGUGAGUGGUGAUGGUGAGGCGACGGAAGAUGCCGUUGUCAUCAUGGAGAGGGCGCCCUUCCAGGCUGACUCUGUGUCUAAUCUUCUCGGCAACAACCCGUCAAUGAAAGUGCAGCUGAAGAAUGACAUCUAUGCAGUUUAUCACCUUAGUCCUCCUGCAGAGCUAAAUGAAAUAAAAACCACAGUUAUCAGACCGGCCACAGAAAAGCACAUUAAGAAAUAUCUCCACCAGGAGGUCUACUUGAUCCAGGAAAAGGGAGAGGAUUAUAAGAACAUCACAUUACCUUUCAUAGAGUCUCAGAGCUUUAGCAUCCAGUGGGUCUAUAACAUUCUGGAGAAGAAGGCAGAGGCUGACCGCAUUGUAUAUGAGAACUCUGAUCCAGACAACGGAUUUAUCCUCCUCCCCGAUUUUAAGUGGAAUCAGAAGCAGGUUGAAGAUUUGUAUCUUAUCGCUAUUUCUCAGAAGAGAGGGAUCAAGUCUUUGCGGGAUCUCACUGCUGACCAUCUUCCAUUGCUCAGGAAUAUCUUGCAGGAAGGAACAGAAGCUAUUCUGAAGCGUUAUAAACUCCAGGCAAAUCGGCUCAGGAUAUAUCUGCACUACCAGCCGUCCUACUACCACCUGCAUGUACAUUUCACUGCGUUGGGACAUGACGCACCUGGGAUUACCGUGGAACGGGCUCACCUACUUUCCGAUGUUAUCCAGAACCUAGAGAUGAACUCUCGAUAUUAUGAGACCCGAACGCUAACCUACGCACUACGGGAAGAUGAAGCACUGCUGAAGCAGUUUAAAGAUUCUGGAAAAUGCUAAAUGAAUGUGUACCAACAACGUUCAAUAUGUUUUUACUAAAGUUUUGUUAUCUUAUCCAUGGGAGUCGAAGAUGAUUCAACCCCCUCCUCCCCCCCUCCCCUCUUCAGUUUUCUAUUUCAAGACAUUUUUUAUUAAACAUAUUUUGUAAAGUGCAAUGAUCAUUUUGUUUCACUUUUUUUUUUCUUGUUUAAUGUUUUUAUUAAUAAACUUUGCCUUCAAGGAAA